AUGCCCAGCCCGGGGCCGCUAGGUAGCCGGCCGCCCCUUCCUGUAGGAGCUGGGGUCCGGCCCCCGCGCGCGGGCAGCUCCACAGCGCCUCGGUCCCCCGCGCUCUUGGACCGUCCCGCCGGCGGUGAAAAGCCCCGCGCUCCUGGACGCCUCGAGUCCUUCUCCGUCGAGGCCAUCCUGGCGAGGCCAGAUCCCCGAGCGCCUGCCGUCUCCCAGCUGUCAGGCUCUGCCGGCACCUUCCAGGGUCUCUGGACUGCUCCAUCCCAGUGUCCUGUCCCGGUUCUGCCCUGGGUGUGUCCGGCGCCUUGGCUGCCCGCCUACCUGAGCAUGAGUCUCUACCCGCUGUACCCCCAGCAGCCUGUGCAGGGGCUGCGCCUGGCUCAUUUCUGCGGCCUCCAGGGCGUUGGCGACACAGAUUUGGAGCUGGCUUACCGUCCAGGCCUCCGGAGCUCCCCAGACUGGGUCCCAACUAAGGACCUUCCGGACACUGAGAGAUACCAAAAGAGGGUCCGAACUAUGUUUAACUUGGAGCAGCUGGAAGAGCUGGAGAAAGUGUUUGCCAAACAGCACAAUCUGGUGGGGAAGAAGAGAGCCCAGCUAGCUGCCCGGCUCAACCUUACAGAGAACCAGGUGAGGGUCUGGUUCCAGAAUCGCAGGGUCAAGUAUCAGAAACAGCAAAAGGUGAGACUGCCGGCUGCGUCUGCCGAGGCUGCCUCCCUGGAUGAGCCCUCCAGCAGCUCCAAUGCCAGCAUCCAGAGUGACGACUUUGAGUCAGGAGUGGACAGCUAA